ACAGCAAAAAACAACCAUGGCAUCCCUUUCGAUCGUCCUAUGUUCUUGUCUCAUCAUUUUCAUGGCUGCCACGAACACUUCUGUUCAAGCUUCCAUUCAUUUCCAAGUUGGUGGCAGCCUUGGUUGGCACGAACCUGACCCCAACAAUACUGAAUUUUAUAGCCAAUGGGCUCAAAGGAACAGGUUUCAAGUCGGUGAUGCUCUUGUUUUUGAGUACCAGAAUGACUCAGUUCUCAGGGUGGAGAAAUUGGAUUACAUGAAUUGUGAUGCAAGUAACCCCAUCAUAGCUUUUGACAAUGGUAAGAGCACUUUUAUUCUUGACAGGCCUGGGGACUUCUACUUCAUCAGUGGAACCGGUGAACACUGCAAGAAUGGGCAAAGAUUAGUGGUGGAUGUGAUUCAUGAACAUCAUUUUACAUCUCCGCCACCCAUUUCUCUUCCACCACAAGGCUUUCCACCAAUGGCUUCUCCACCUGAUCAAAGCUUUGAGGAUUCAACAUCUGCCUCAGUGAUGAUUACUGCAACUUCUGUGUCUGUUUUGGUGAUCACGUUUGUUAUUGUGGUGCUGUUAGCACCUUGA